AGCGUUCCUCAUCCCAUUUCCUCUCGCAGCAUUUGUUCUUCUUCUUCUUCCUCUUCGCUGGAUCUCCGAGCUGCGUCUUUGACGGUCGAUCCCAUCGCCUCCGCCAACUCGGUGAGUAGAUUGACAUAAACGUCUACUGCAAUGGCUGGACGAGUAAUCCACAGGUUACUGAGAAGGAAACUUGAAUCUCAAUCAACAGCACCUCCUUUAUUGUCAUCUCUCAUCUCGAAGAAAUAUGAUGUUGAGUCUACUGGCAUGAAGUCCCUAAGAGCACUUGCUCUCCUCGGAGCAGGCGUUUCAGGGCUCCUGUGUUUUGGAACGUUGGCAUCUGCUGAUGAGGCUGAACAUGGCUUAGACUGUCCUAAUUAUCCCUGGCCUCAUCAGGGCAUUCUUAGUUCAUAUGAUCAUGCUUCGAUUCGUCGUGGUCAUCAGGUUUACCAACAAGUCUGUGCAUCUUGCCAUUCUAUGUCGCUUAUAUCAUACCGUGAUUUGGUGGGUGUUGCAUAUACGGAAGAGGAGGUAAAGGCUAUGGCAGCUGAGAUUGAAGUGGUUGAUGGGCCUAAUGAUGAGGGUGAGAUGUUUACACGCCCCGGUAAACUUAGUGAUCGUUUUCCUCAGCCAUAUGCGAAUGAACAAGCAGCUAGGUUUGCUAAUGGAGGGGCCUAUCCUCCGGAUCUUAGUCUUAUUACCAAAGCUCGUCACAACGGUCAGAACUAUGUAUUUGCCCUUCUAACUGGUUACCGUGAUCCCCCUGCUGGUAUUGCGAUUCGGGAAGGGUUGUAUUAUAAUCCUUAUUUUCCUGGGGGAGCAAUUGCAAUGCCUAAAAUGCUUAAUGAUGGUGCCAUUGAGUAUGAGGAUGAUACACCUGCAACAGAAGCUCAGAUGGGGAAAGAUGUAGUGUCAUUUUUGACAUGGGCUGCAGAACCCGAAAUGGAGGAGAGGAAACUGAUGGGAUUUAAAUGGAUAUUCGUACUGUCACUGGCACUACUUCAGGCUGGUUACUACCGUCGCAUGAAGUGGUCAAUUUUGAAGUCCCGCAAGCUGGUUCUUGAUGUUGUUAACUAACUUCCUUCUGGUUCCCUUUCUACUUUUGCUUAUGGGGUGAGUUGAAUCGACAAUAAUUAUUUGUCAGAUCUAGUUUUUCUUGUCAUAUUUGCACCAAUUGGUAAAUUGUUAAUGGAGUAACCUGAAGACCGUUCUUUUCUGGGUUUGAGAUGAAAAUAAGCAAGUCCAUAUACAUGAUCCGUUGUUUGUCUGCGGAUUUAUUUUUGAUUGAGCUUCUGUAUGAGUUCUAAAUUCUUCAGGGUGGACUUUAGUCUUCAA